AUGCAUUUGAAGAUUGUUGCUUCAAGUUUGCUGUGCUUCUCAUAUGCAGUCAACAGUGUUUCCAUAACUUUUACCAAUAAUUCCCCUUGGACAGAGGGCAUUAUAUCCAGGUCGGAGGGUGAAUGUUCACUCAGCCUGGAUAGGACUUAUGCUGCCAAAGAAUGGAUUAUUGCAAUCACUGUUGAUAAUCCGACAAUGCAGAUUGGGAUAUGGAACUAUUAUGUUAAAGGACCAAUAAAUAAUACCUAUUAUUUAGAGAAUAAAUAUAUCCAGACAGCAGGACCAAAAUUACUGACAUUUCAUCUUGACACUUCAACGUAUCAACCAUUAACAGGCUUUUGUAUAAGCAACGCAGACCGUUUAAGUACAAAUCCAGCCGAUCACAGCACCGUAUCCCUGAAUACGGAAUAUAUUGAAGAUCAUACUUCGUCCGCAAUGUAUGGAGGUUCAACAACUGAUAAUUUGUACUGUUUUGAGCCAAACAUGAUUUGCAGGUGUUUCACACUUUUAAAUAUAACAGCUACAAGUGUAAAACAGUCUGUAGCAAAUUUAAAGAGAGACUUACGGAUUGAUAAGAAGAAUACUUUACUUGCAAGGAGCAAGAAAAUAAGUGCUACGGACAACAGACCCUCAGCAAAAGCGAUCGGUAGUAUUGGAGUACUGGUUCUUUGUAUUUCGCUAGGCGCCAUCGUUCUUAGUGAUGUUAAGACCUUGUAUAACUCUGUCAAGAGUAUUAAAUUUGUCACAAAGUAUGGCAAGCGAAGGAAAAAACGUAACGAUAACACAGACAAAACUCAAAUAAAUCCAAGUGAAGAUAAAUGUUCCAUAUCUGAUUCAGCUACUAACCUUAUUAAAAAUGAUAGCAUGUGGACAAGUGUGAAAAGUGUUCAAGUUUGAUUUUAUAAAAUACAAUGUCAUUAGCAUCAUUUAAUGUGAAAAGCAAAUAACACUCAGAGGAAAAUGGUACAGACACUGGUUUCUAAUUUCCUUUAAAAUUCAAUUGGCAUGGUUUAACACUAUACGGUUACCGAAUAUAUAUUGAAGAAUGAAGCAUGUCCAUGUUAACAUUGUUAUGUCAAAGCAAGAAUCCUUAAGUUUGACAUUAGCAAUAAACCAACUGCAACCAAUCAAUUAUUACAUGUAUCAACAAUUUGAAACUGGAUGAAUCAUUAUGUAAACA